UGAAGCAUUGGUGCUACAACAACAGGACAGGCUCUAGGGUGCAAUCCCUUGACCUAUGCCCAGUCUUCUGAAGCAGCUUUCGAAAGUUUAAAGAAUCUCUUACCUUUGAUAAAAUUUUCCUAAUACAUUUUUUCGGACGCUAGACAGAAACUAACAAAUACUCUUAAAGGGCCAAAAAUGACUCAGAUUUUUUAUACUUGUCUAGCAAGUAGUUUCCUUCCAAAGCCCCCAUCCCAUUUGCUCCCUUUUCAGUUGAGCUAAACCAGAGUCAACAGAAAUGUUCAUCCCUUUUCAGGCCAUUGAGUAAAAAUCUUUAAAAUCUAACAAAUAGAGCAGUUAAAUUGAUUGACAUUGACCUCCAAGCCGACAUUGGUUGUGUGAAAGGUAUACAGGAACAAAGCAAUACGACGACGAGAAUCCAAUGUCACGAAAUAAAUUUGAAUUGAAUUGAUUGUGUGGCCGGCAAUCAAUUCAUGACUCUAGACCCACAAUGGCUACCAGAGCCUCAUAAAUUCUAGGGCGGAAAAAGGAGAGGAGCGGAGAAGCGGAGUUGCGGAGGAGCGUCUAGUUUAGAAGAUAGAAUAGUGGAUCCUCAAAUUUAAAUCAAAUUUGUGUGGCUCUGGUACCCAGGGUUCUCUAGACCACACCUCUUGACGUUGCCUUAAUUAGAGGACUUAUCUGGUGGGGUCCAGUCUUUGUAAUUGCUAAGUGUGGAUUGCUUAAUGUUUAGAAUAAAUUAAUAAUCGUUAAUGUCGUCGGGUGUAGGAACAUGUGCCUCCCUUCAACCUUUUUAGUCUUCUUGUGAAUGUGCAUGCCCCAAAAUUAGUUGAACUUCACCUCAAGCAGAAGAAAUAAAGCACCCUUUGCACAACUGGCAGUGAUAUUUGCUUAGCUUAACUCUUGGCAAUUCCCGUAUAAAUUCUUUGUCUACCUUACUCAAACCACACUGAAAAUUGCGAUUACGCAAGACAGGUCAAUGGAAACUGACACAAAUGCGAUCAGGUAACCUGGAGGGCUUUGUCUCCGGAGUAUCCAGGUACCUAUGCGACAUUUGCGUCAAACCGCAAGGCUUUAUUUCGGGAUAUAUCAUUUUCAAUGUGUAUCCCUGUCUCUUUUUGGUUGCCCUGUAAAAAGAAAUACCAUAAAUCAUUUAAACAUAUUUUUACUAUUUUACAACAACCUUGAAAUAAAUUAGCAAAACAAACCGCUGGAGAACUUAGGAGGGAGACGGUAAGUUCGAGGGUACAUAAUUACUGCCCAUAAAUGCGUACGACAAACAAUUUUCUCCUGGAAACCAGAAGUGUAUACGUGUUUUUAUCAUUCAAUUCCCAUUUUUUGCUACCGCCACAUCCAGCAAAGAUGGAGAGGGGUUCGGACUGGUUGUCCAUCCGCACUUUACUGGAAUUUUUUCUCUUGCAAAUUUACCUCAUACCCACAGCUGGAGCCUUGAAUCGUCCCCAGUUCUGUAGUGACCCCAUCGCUUCUGGGGUUCUGUCCACGUAACACAGUGUCUUGUGAGACUGUUUAACGAAGAGGGCGAUCCCCCCUCACGACCUUAAGCUUAUUCUUGACAGAUCCAUCAAUUUAUAGACUGUUCGUAUUGCGCAAACGCAUAAAAACAAAGCUGUUCCUAAAGCUGCAAGCGCAAUUUACAUAAGUGACACUCUCUUCAAACCCCACAGGGACCUUCGAAUAUUGUCUCAUACUCGGUGUCAAGGACAGUGACUUGCAUGCAUGAGGAUGUUACCCCCAAUCAAUGUGAAUUGCACCAAGUGAAGAGACGAAAGAACAUUCCUUUCAAAUUUCAACCUGUCUCCGUAAAUUUCCCUUAAAAUUUUAGUUCAAGGUCACCUGACAUGUUUUAUGGUCUUAUUCAAUUAAGACACAGCAUUUUUCAGGAUGAGAUGCCCAAAUAUCGACUCGUGUCUGUCCGGCAAACAUUGUUCCUUUUUUUACACGUGGCUUUAUGUCUUUACAAGCACUUUCCUUAUCACUGGAAUGGGAAUGGAGCUAACUUGGUAAGUCUGGUGUUAUUUGUUCUCCCCAUGGAUCUUUUAAACAUAGACGCUGGAAGCAUUUAAAAAUAUAGGCACCUCUGUAAGCUGCAAGUAGGUAAAGUCCCCCCCCCCCUGGCUCAUACGGAAUUGUCUAGUUUCCAUACUGCUCGACCCGAUAGUCAUAAAUAAGCAUGAUUAAUAGUCAUAAAUUAGUAUGAUUAAUUAUUUCAAGUAAAGGGUUAGGCUAAGGGUUAGGGUUAGGUUUAGGGUUAGGUUUAGGGUAAACUAAUUACGUCAUCAGGUCGAGCAGUAUGGAAACUAGACAGCUCCGGCUCAUACUUCUAUGCUUCUAAACCCGAAGUCAUUGCUAUUAAGUGUUUGGCGGACUACAUACCAUCCAAAAGAGCUGUAAUGAACAUAUAUGUUUAUAAUAUAUUUUUACAAAGGGUAUUUUUGGGGUGCUUAUAGGCCAUGUAAGGACCAGCUCUUUGCCCGAAAUUUAUAGAUUUUAGAGAUAAAGUUUAUUUUAACGGUUUCUUUCUUGUAAAGCACUUUCACCUAAACUAGAACUUCCUCUUGUUAAAUGAGAGAAAGCGUGACUGUUUCUAGAGUUUGAUGAUUGGGUCUAUGAAUGGCUGUAGCUCCUGAAUGCUAAGCUUACAUCGUAUCGGUUCUUAUCGAAGUACAAAUAGUUAAAACGUUAGAAUGAGCCUAAUAGAGAAGGAACAAAUAAAGUAAAUAUUGCCUAUCGCUAAACCAACCCCAGGCGCUAUCAGAUCUACCCUCCUUUGUCCAUUCAUUUGUUCAACUAGUCUCCAGUUUCCCACCAUUCAUUAGCUUUGAAAUUGUAUCUUCAUCUCAUUGUUGUGGUUAAACUUUCGACGUCGCAAUUUGCCGUAUUCAAGUUACAAUGCGAUUGGGUCCCUACACAGAGGCUUACAAUCAAUCUAGAGCUGUUUCUCGGAAAGCAUAGACACGGCUGAAUUGUCUGUCAGGCCCUUGUCCUUUUGAGAGAGAACAACCUCUAGAGGACGAGGUCAAAUCAGCCUGCAGAGAACCCAAACAGCCGAAGACGCAGAGCUUAGAAGCCAUAAUGCAUCGUGAAUCGACUACAAAGAUGUUUUCUAAGAGGAUCCUGCAAAUAUUUUGCCUUGCCUUACUGAACACAUUCUUUCAUUCUCGGGUAUUUGUUGAGGCUGGAGUAACUGUUGAAUUCAAAUUGAUGGAGUUUAAAAAUGACCGCGGUAGACUUGCUAGUGGAUCUUACUGCGAAGGAGUAUCUAGUGGAACUUGUGAUACUUAUUUCAAACUCUGUGUUCGGUUAAGUAGCAUAUUAAAUGGAUUGACAAACUGUGAUUAUACGAAAAAUCCCAGCAAAUAUAUUGAAAAAAACAACAUAAACUUUCAGACAGACGAUACUGGGAUUCCAAAAAUAAUUUCAAUUAAAAAGGACCAAUGGAAUGGGUACAUUGCUAUGUACCUUGAGGCAUGGGAUGGUGACUAUGGUCCGGACGAUAGAAUUGACACUUUUAGUUAUAUUCGCCAAUACGCCGCCUCGCCCAAUGCCACACGCGCAGAGAUCUCCGAAACACUUUAUGGAAUGAGAAGUACUUACAAAACACAAUUGCAUUUUAUCGUGAAUAUUUAUUGUGAUUUGCAUUACUAUGGCUCUAAAUGUAAUGUAUUUUGCCAAGGGCGUAAUGAUAGCAUUGGGCACUUCAGAUGUAAUAGUAAAGGAGAAAGGGUUUGUCUCUCAAACUGGCACAAUCUUCCCAGCUGUCUUACCUAUUGUAUGCCUAAAGACGAUGAUACUUAUGGACAUUUCGUUUGCGCCACAAAUGGAUCACGGAUUUGUCGCAAGAACUGGCACAGCCUACCAGAUUGUAAAACGUAUUGUGAACCUCAUCGCGAUACGGUAAAUGGUUAUUAUAAUUGCAAUACUGCUGGGAAGAAAGUAUGUCUCCCUGGUUGGUAUGGUGAUAACUGCACCAUCUUUUGUCAGCCUCGCAACAGCGAUCUUAAUGGACAUUACAACUGUAGUGAGACGGGAAAUAAAGUUUGCCUUCAACACUGGUAUGGACCAAGAUGUGAUACAUAUUGUUUGCCUAGUGGUAAUAAUGCUUCUGGGAUAAUUCAUUGUAGCGAUAAUGGAGAGAAAACUUGUGCUCCGGACUAUUAUGGCAAAAACUGCACCGUGUUCUGUCUCGUUCUUGACAAAUUUGCUUCCAAUUACAUUUGUGACAAUAGGACUGGUGCUAGGGUCUGUCGUAGUGGUUUUUCUGGCAUCUUUUGUAACAUUUCGCUUAGCCUCACGUCAUCUGCCAUCCCAGUUACGGAAACGAUUGUGUUUCCUAUAGAAUCAAGUACGGAUAUUUUCCAGUCUUUGUCAACAGUGGCCUCGCCGAGUAUCUGGACACAACACAUUACAUCAACGGUAGAAACAGGAGCAAGUCCAACUUACACAAGCCCUGUUUCUUCAGCUACAAUGAUAACAUAUUCUUCAUCCAUCUCAACGACUUUAUUUUCUCAAUUUUCUACGCUGCGUAGUACAAAUACUUUUUCAAGUAAGAGCUAUAUAAACACAAAACAGUAUUCUAAAAUGCUGAGUUCUGUGAUAUCUUCAAGCUACGCGAACAGUGUUCGUACAACUCUUUCAAGUAGAUCUUCGUACCUAACGAUAAAGACGUCUUUAGCAACGCAUUCUGCAUCAACAGCAAUUAACGAGCUAGAGUCAACCCAGCUCUCAAAAGUAUUAACGCCAAGUCUGACAUCUAGCUCUGUGGCCAAGCAUAUCCAAACAUCUAGCUCUGUGGCAAAGCAUAUCUCAACAUCUAGCUCUGUGGCAAAGCAUAUCUCAACAUCUAGCUCUGUAACAAAGCAUAUCCAAACAUCUAGCUCUGUAACAAAGCAUAUCCAAACAUCUAGCUCUGUAACAAAGCAUAUCCAAACAUCUAUAGGGAAAAUACCAUUGCAUUCAACAGGUCGUUCAAAAGCCUCAGUUUACUCGUAUGAAACACGCAAGGUAGUAAUUUCAGUCACUGCAUCUAGUACCAAGCUUUCACGCGGGACAGUUUCUAAAUCGAGUGUCUUGCCAACCAAUGGAACAGCCGUGCCAUCUAUCAGACCAACGGACACAAACACUUCUGGGAGCAAUCAGCAAUCUAGGAGAGUUGAUUGGCUCACAGAGACAAAAGAAGGAAAAACAGUUCUCUUCGGCUCAUUGUUUGCCUUCUUUCUGUUGCUUGCUGUGGUUGUUGCUGUUGUGAUGUUUGUAAGGUCGCCAAAGGGGGUUGCUGUUAAGAAAAAUGUUGAUGAUUUCGACAAAUUUGACAGUUCAAUCGACGAAGAAAAAGUAUUUGACAACGAAGAAAAAUCAUAUUUCAACCCAUUAUAUAAAAUUCCAAUUGAUGUUCUGACUGGCCAAAAGAAAAAAAAGAAAGAAAAACUGGCAAAGUUUUAUCAAAAGAAAGACCCUUCAGAUAACAUUGUCGAGAAUGAAGGUAAUGGGCACAUCAACAUGACGUAUGAAGAAGAUGCUGACAAUGUGGUUAUAAAUCCACUGUAUGCAGUCCGAGGGCAAUUGGUGUCAAAUGAAACCGAGUUUUAAUAUGUCAUGGUUCUGAGGGCGUGUUUCGUUGUCGUUAUGUAUUGGAUAGCUAGCUUUUGAAUAUCCUUGAGCGGUAUGAAGGUUAUUGUUUCUGCAGAACAUUAACUGAACUAUCGUCCAGAAUUUUCUGAAAAUAUUGCACUGAAUUUAGGCGAGAUAAGAGCAGAGACCAAGGAAGCGAGGGUUAGGGGGUUGGACCCUAAAGAAAUACCAUGAAAACCUGCUCUUUUUCUUUAGCAUGCUUGAAACUUUUAAGCCCAUCCGCCUCAAUCUGUAAUAUACUUCUACCCAGCCCCUGGUAGAAGUAUCGGUAGGGUUAUUGAAACACUAGCUAUACAUACGAACGCAACUCUUUUGGAAUCAGUCUGGAAAAAUGUUAAAAGUGUAGUCUGGAGAAAGGUACGUUAAAAUCAAAUAAGAAAUCGAUUGUUUUCGUAACUAUGCUUGGUCUUAUUUUAAGAUGUGUAUACCAUAGGUAGAAUAGUUUAUUUUGACUGUGUGAAUCGAACCUAUUGUUAAGGUCACGCAUGACGUAACUCCAGAGGUCUUCAGUGAUCAUGAUAAUGGGCCUUGAUAAUACUGUUUAAAUUUAUUCAAAUUAUGCAAAUAAAUAAAUAAAUUCAAAUAAAUUAUUCAAAUUUUUGGUAAUGCUUCAUCAUUUGAAAUGAUUGCUAGGACGUGUGCUAGUUUGCAUUGAAGUGGACUUUUCGAUGAAAAUCGGGAGUUUUAAGUACCUACGCUGUCUAGUUCAAUUGCUGUCUAGCUUAGAUUUUGUUGCAAGUAAUCUUAGAUAUCAUUAGCUAGAUUUCUUUGAAUUUUUUAUUGAUUAUCUAGUUUCGCAUGCCAGUGACGUAGCCAAAGGGAGCAAGAGACACCUCAUAAUCUUUUCUAUAUCAGAUGAGAUUGGUAUAUUGGAAAACCUGCUCGAAGCAUCAUCGUCGUUAUCUACUCAUUGGAUAGUUAGUUUUUAUGCAACUAUUGUUGCUGUUUGAAGGGUGUAUUACCUCAACAAGAGUUAUCUAUUAUGUUCUUUAGCUCUCCAGAGUUGUAGUCCUGGCCAUGCCGUUUCAGGAAAAUGAAAAUUUUUGACGACAUUGUAUAGGGUUAGUAAACAGAUCCGUUACAACCCCGUACCUGUGGGCUGGACCCAUAUUUCAUUUAUUAUUGAUUUUUCGCGCAUUCUUUAGUAUUUAGUGUUAGUAAAUAUUUUGCACAUUGACCUAGGAAUUUUGUAUCUUUGUAAUUACAAACAUGACGAUGUUAAAGCCUUUUUAGCUGCUGAUCGUUUAAUACUUUAAUAAGGCAUUGAUUGUCAUUAAUUGGUCAAGGAGAGGGAAA